AUGACGCAGGGCAUCAAGAAAUAUACUAGUCUCUUGUAUGGCAAGGUGGUACUCAUAAUUGGUGGUACUUCAGGCAUCGGAUAUGCUAUCGCAGAGGGUGCUCUUGAGCAUGGAGCUUUUGUAACCGUGGUGGGCUCUAAUAAGACAAAAUUGGAGAACGCUCUGUCCAAACUCCGCGAAUCAUACCCCUCGGAAACAAGCAAUGGUCAUUUGAAAGGCAUGCAGGCGGAUCUUUCCUGUCCAGAGACUCUGGAGAUGACGGUCCCUUCCAUUUUCGAGUAUGCAGCUGAUGGCGCGCAAAUCAAUCACCUCGUUGUGACGGCGGCAGACAUGACCGUUCCACCUCCUGUGCACAACAUAACGGUCAAAAAAAUAGAGUCAACCCACACUUUGAGGCUCCUUGCGCCUCUUAUUCUGACCAAACACCUACCGCGGUUUAUGAAGAGGAACGCUGAGAACUCUGUCACUUUCACAAGCGGAGCACAUGGCCAAAAGGUUGACCCGGGCUGGAGCAUUGUAGCUGGCUACUGUGGCGCUAUUGAGGGACUUAUGAGAGGACUUGCUGUGGAAAUGAAGCCGUUACGAUUCAAUGUGGUGUCUCCAGGGCCUAUCGUGACCCAAGCCGUGAAAGACAUAUUGGGGGAGCAUUACGAUGCAGCGAUCAAAGUGGCUGAGCAGAAAGCUUUGGUUGGUAGAGUUGGCCGCCCGGAGAAUGUGGCACAGGCCUAUUUGUAUCUCAUGAAAGAUGAGUUCGCCACUGGAACUGUGUUAGAAUCGAAUGGAGGGUUUCUUUUGACAUAG